CCCUCGGCGGCAAGAGCGGUUGGAAGCGAGUAUGGCGGCCCCCGGGGCCGCAGCUACAGACCUAGAGGUGGCUCGAGGCAAGCGCGCCGCCCUCUUCUUCGCCGCGGUGGUCAUCGUGCUGGGGCUGCCGCUCUGGUGGAAGACCACGGAGACCUACCGGGCCCCAUUGCCUUACUCCCAGAUCAGUGGGCUGAAUUCCCUGCAGCUCCGGCUCAUGGUGCCGGUCACUGUCGUGUUUACCCAGGAAUCAGUGCCCUUGGACGACCAGGAAAAGCUGCCCUUCACCGUUGUGCAUGAGAGAGAGAUCCCUCUGAAGUGUGAGUUCCUGAUCAGGGCUGCCUUUCUGGUCUGAGUUCAGUCCGCAGAUAGGUUGGAUAGGAGGAGCAUGGGUAUCCCGUAAAGGUGAUUACAAACUUAUUAAAAGGCCACUUUGAAUGAACAGUGUGUUUGCUAAGAAAAAAAGUAGCUUUAAAUUCAGUAUUCACCAUUAAAGGGGCAGUUUUAUUCAUAAAACAGUUGUGCUACCUGAUCAGGAGUAGGUGAUGCUCAUUACGGGACAGGGGAGGAUGUGGGAUGUACUGGAAUGAACAACAGGGUUUGGAAUCAAUUUGGACUUACAUACAGGCCUUAUUCAGUUUAACAUUAAAUACUUUACGGAGUGUUAAGCACGUAGGUAUCAGGAAUUUGGGGAUGAAUACGAAAUUGAUAUUGGUUUCAAGAAAUUCAUAGGUAGGGGAGAGAGACAAAGAAAUCACAGAAGUAUGUAAGGAACAGAGAUUGUACUUAAGAAAGAGACUAUAACCGUCUGGAGGAAAGAAAGGUAGAGAAGGUUUUGAGGGCUGUAAUUUUUAAGCCAGAUUUUUAAAGGAUGUGUAGGAAUUCAAGUUAAAUGAGGAGGAGAGGGAGGGAUAUCACUAGUUAGUAAUAAUGAUAGCUAAUAUUAGUUGUUCAUUAUAUGUCAGAAGCUUGGUGAAACACUUUACACGUGUUGCCUCAUUUAAUCCUAACAUUAUGAUCCCCAUUUUAAGUCUCUUGUCUCUUUUAUUAUAUACCAGCUCUCCCUACCCCAUCCCAAUAUACUUGUUUUCAUUGAUUUGUUGGAGAAACCAGGUCAUUUGUUUGAUAGAACAUCUCACAUUCUGGAUUUGGCAGAUUUCUUCCUCCUGGUUUCAUUUAACUUAUUUCUCUAGUAUCCAUAUUUCUUAUAAACUGGUAGUUAGAUCUAGAGGUUUACUUAAAAUCAGAUUUUUUUUUAAUUUUUUAAAAUUUAUUUAUUUAUUUAAUUUAUAAUUUGGCCGCGUUGGGUCUUCAUUGCUGCGCACAGUCUUUCUCUAGUUGCAGCGAGAGGGGGCUACUCUUUGUUGUGGUGCAAGGGCUUCUCAUUGCGGUGGCUUCUCUUUUUGCAGAGCAUGGGUUCUAGGUACGCAGGCUUCAGUAGUUGCAGCACGCGGGCUCAGUAGUUGCAGCGCGUUGGCUCAGUAGUUGUGGCUUGAGGGCUCUAGGGCGCAGGCUCAGUAGUUGUGGCGCACAGGCUUAGUUGCUCUGCAGCAUGUGGGAUCCUCCUGGACCAGGGCUCGAACCCACGUCCCCCGCAUUGGCAGGCGGAUUCUUAAGCACUGCACCACCAGGGAAGUCCUAAAUUUAUUUUUUGGCCUCACUUCCUGGCAUGCAGGAUCUUGGUUCCCCAACCAGGGAUCGAACCCGUGCCCCCUUCAGUGGAAGCACAGAGUCCCAACCACUGGACUGCCAGGGAAGUCCCCAGGUUCAGUUUUGUUUUUUUUUUAACAUCUUUAUUGGAGUAUAAUUGCUUUACAAUGUUGUGUUAGUUUCUGCUGUGUAACAAAGUGAAUCAGCUAUAUGUAUACAAAUAUCCCCAUAUCCCCUGCCUCUUGCAUCUCCCUCCCACCCUCCCUAUCCCACCCCUCUAGGUGGUCACAAAGCACCGAGCUGAUCUCCCUGUGCUAUGCAGCUGCUUCCCACUAGCUAUCUAUUUUACAUUUGGUACUGUAUAUAGGCACAUAUAUGCAAUGGAAUAUUACUCAGCUAUAAAAAGAAACGAAAUUGAGUUAUUUGUAGUGAGGUGGAUGGACCUAGAGUCUGUCAUACAGAGUGAUGUAAGUCAGAAAGAGAAAAACAAAUACUGGAUGCCAGCACAAAUAUAUGGAAUCUAAAAAAAAAAAAAAAGUCGUUCUGAAGAGCCUAGGGGCAGGGCAGGAAUAAAGACGCAGACGUAGAGAAUGGACUUGAGGACAUGGUGAGGGGGAAGGGUAAGCUGGGAUGAAGUGAGAGAGUGGCAUGGACAUAUAUACACUACCCAUGUUCAGUUUUUUAGGCAAGAAUACUUUACAGUUGGUGUGUUGUACUUCCUAUUGUGUUAUAUCAUGUAGUGGCCUGGUUGUUUCAUUUUGGGUGAUACAAAGAUGAUUAUUUAGUUCAGAUAUUGUCAGCUUGAUUUCUGUAUUUUAGUUCUCUGUCAACCUUUCACCCGAUGAUUUUAGCAUCUGUUGAUACUGGAAUUCAUUUCAUUAGGUUGCAACAUGGCAAUUUUUAAAUUCUGCCAUUUCUUCUGCAUUCUUCUGGAAUUCUGUAAAGAAGAACUUUCCUAAUAAAUUUUAGGUUCAGCUUGUCAGUUCCAGGUGGUGAAAAAAAUCCAUUUGGGAUUGCUGUACAUGUUUAGAUUAACUUGGAGAGAAUUGAUAUCCUGAGAAUAUUUAGUUUUUCCAUCUAGGAGCCUUGUAUGUGUUUCCAUUUUAUUCAGAUCUUCUUUUAUGUCAUUGAGUAAAGUCCUGUUUUUUUUUUUUUAACGUCUUUAUUGGAGUAUAAUUGCUUUACAAUGGUGUGUUAGUUUCUGCUUUACAACAAAGUGAAUCAGUUAUACAUAUACAUAUGUUCCCAUAUCUCUUCCCUCUUGCGUCUCCCUCCCUCCCA